AUCAGUUCUUAGCAACCUCUACCACACACACACACACACACGCACGCACACGCACACCCCUGCACGCUCGCACACGCACUGCUCCACCCCACAUCCACCUUCCUCGACUGGCUGGGCUUGUUAGAGCUCACGCCCGUACCUGUUUGCUAGUUUGCUGAGACACCUGUCAGGGACGACAGAGUUUUCUACUGCUCACUUCGGCCACACUCAGCUGUGUGAAGAGUGCCCAGUUGGAUAUAAGGGUUGAACAGGUUGCCUGUAGGGGAAAGCACAGAGAUCCCAGCAGAAGAAACAUGUCAAGCGAGGGAGACCGAGCAUCUGUGCUUCGCACCACCAAAGUACGAACAAAGCUGAGGGGAGACGGCAGCUGGCUGCAGCGCCAAGAUGAACCUCGGGCUGAAACUCCGGAGGAGGAAAAGCCAUGGUUGGCAGAAGUUAGAGCCAGGCGUUUGAACGGAGCUCCCAUUGAAACGAGCCCAGUUUCCUCGCCAGUAAAGUCCACGCCGCCACCGAUAAAGUCUGACACUGAGAGUAAGCCAGCAACAGAAGGAUACCUGAUCAGAGGUGUUUUUACUAAACUAGAAAAGACCGUUUCAACUCCAUCAUAUAAUGGCACGAGCAUACCAAAAACAUUCACUAAAAAGCCUUCAGAGACCUACAAGAGGAUAGCCCCUCACAUUGUGAGGAACACUUCAGAGAAGCCCGAGGGCCAGCUCAGCUUCGAGGAGCAGGAGCGACGGACGGAGGCUGCCCUUCAUGUUAUGAAGACAAAAGCAAACACAAGGCGAUCCUAUGUUAUGUCUGCCGCUAAGCGAUAUGAGACUAAAGAUACACCACCUGACACUUCUUUGGCCACCAGCAGUCCUUCAUAUGUGGCUAAAAGGGUGGAGAUUUUUGAUGACGCCGGAAGCGCGGUGGAGCCAUCGUCCGCUGUCCCUCCCACAUCUGCUGCCUCUGCUCCUGCACCCAAACAGCAGACACUCUCCAGUGUCGACACAAUUGCGGCCUUGUCCGACACCCUCAUUUCUGUGGACACAAACCCUAGCAGCGCUGAGAACAACAAGCAAGAGCUGGCGGAGGAAGAAGGAGGCCCGGUGGACAGUCCCACCCCAGAGGACAGUGCUGAACAGGAGCCAGAUACAGCACCCAGAGACGGCGAACCAAUAACAGGCGAUCUCCUGGGUUUCGGUGAUGGUCCAGAAGAACCAACGGAGCCGGCUCCAUGCAGCCCUGGACGCUGGAGUCAGGAUCUACUCACUGGAGUUGGCAGCCUCAGCAUGCAGCAGCAGGAGGAGGAGAAGCAGACGGAUGAGACAGCCGUGGAAGCACAAAGCUCGGCUGAUCCGUUUGAUCCAAAUCCGAUAGGGACUGCAUCCCAUAACAGCCCCCCUGACCUGUUUAAGCCCUCCGCUGAUGUUUCCAUCAACAGUUCAGCAACAACGGAGGAGACGAUGGAACGUCCAAGUCCAGAAGUGCUCAGUUACCCAGUGAAUAUGCCAUUGACUCAUGUUACACCAGUGGGAGUUGAACAAGUCAUCUUGAAGAUAAUUCCAAGCAAAGAGGAGCCUAAGAACAAUGCGGAGGAAGAGGAGAAAGUAGAAGAGGAAGAGCUGCUCAGUGUGGUGGAGAAACAACUCCACCUCUACUUUCUCCAGGAGGAGAAAGUAGAAGAGCAAGAGGAUAAUGAGAAGGAGGAGGACGACAAAGUACAAGAGGAAGAGGAGAAUGAGGAGAAAGUAGAAGAGAAUGAGGAGGACACAGUACAAGAGGAAGAGGAGCAUCAGGAGGAGGAGAAAGCAGAAGAAGAGGAGAAUGAGGAGGGGAAAGUAGAUGAGGAGGAUGAUGAUAAGGAGGAACAGAACGUAAAAGAGGAUGAGGAGGAAGAUCAGAAAGUAGAAGAGGAAGAGGAGUCUAAGGAAGAAGAGGAAGAUGAGGCGACAGAAGAGGAUGAGGACCAAGAUGAAGAAAGCUCUCAGGGUUCCUGGACCACCACAUGGGAAAUCCCUCAUGAGACAAGCACAGAGGAGAGCCACGAAGCCGAGGCAGAGGACAGGGCUGGAGAUCAGCAGACUGUGAUCAUGUUUGAGAGAAAGUCCACUGUGAGUGACUCCCCUUGGGAUAAAUGGAUGUCCCCCACCGUUUAUACCAUCUCCACUGGGUCGGGAGAUGGCGAUGAGGAGGAAGUAGAGGAGGAAGAACGGCCAGCUGUGGUAGUGGAAGAGCGACGGGUCCCAACACCGGAGCCGGAAAGCAAAAAGCCUUUUGUGUAUGUGAAGGAGUACGUCGACGCGAGUGAGUCUUUGCUCAAUCUCAGGGACCCACUCAAUGGGUCAGACGAUUUAGCAUCAAGCACCAUCAGUUACUCGUACAGCAGCCCCUCUAGCUACACCAGGGUCUCCCUGUCGUCCACCUGCACGUACUGCGGAAAGCAGGUGGGCAACGACGCCAAGAUCAGCAUCGAGCAUCUCAAUAUUAACAGCCACCCUGAGUGCUUCCAGUGUGAUGUGUGCAGUAGGCCUAUGGGAGACCUUCUCCACAGUAUGUUCCUGCACAACAAAAAGGUCCACUGCGAGAGCUGUUACGCCACCGUUAUUUAAUCCUCGGAGCUUUUCAUCACCUCCUUCUCCCCCCUCAUUCAUGUUCAUUUGCAUAAUAAGUGAGAACUGCUCUGAAGUUUGCACCGAUUUCUUUCUUACUUUGCUGUAACACAUUUUAAAGUGAUAUAUAAAAAAACCCAACUGGAAUUGUCAGUAUGAUAGCGUCAUGUUGAACAGUCUAUUUUUUUUUGGGGGGGAUGUAAUAUUAUUUGUGUGUCAGUUACAAUGAAGGAUGUGUUUUAUAUGUUUUUUUUUAAUGUAAAGUUUCACAAUAUCAGGUGGGCUUGGACGAUGUCAUUUGAUAACAGGAGGCUCGCUAUGUUUGAAAAUCUUUUUGCUUGUUUUACUCAUCUCGAUACAAAAUAGUGUGUUGAAAUGUACAAUGCGUUGCUAACAAAAUAAAACGACUUACAAAAUCCUGGUA